AUGGACUCUUGUCAAUUUAUUCACCUCCACAAUGACUAUUAGUGCGCAGUACCGGGAACAUUUGUUUGAUGCUAGUCUGAUGGAGGCGCGGUACUACGUGAAAACUUGCAACAAGCUUCUGUAUAUUCGCCAAUCUAUCUUAGAAGAAUGAACCACACACUUUGAAAGACGCGCUAUUUAUGCGGUUUAUGUGAUGGUGGCGGUGGUUGGACUUCCCGAUGGCUGAUGCUUGCAGAAAACCGAACUUCUCGGAUCCGUAUGGUAGCAUGCCUUCCAAUUCACCGAUCAAGCCGUAAUGUGGGAAGUAUCCACUGUGGGAUGAAGGCUGCUAGUAAAACUUCGAAUACAAGAAAACUAGGUGGUCGUUGGUUAGUUCGCUGAGCUGGGCAGUUUUCUUGCAAACGUUUCAUCACCAAUGGAGGUGACAUCAUCAGUCCGUUGUUAGAGAGCGUAGUGGUACGUAUCGAUGGGUUAGUGGUUAUGACCCAUGCAGCAGUCCGACAACUUUAGCCUAUGUCGUUGUUGAAAACGACACGAGGUAGUUGCUUGUGCACAACGUUGUGCCAUCCGCCGCGUUCCAUUAAACUUACGUGGUACCAGUCUACACGCUUAUUGGAUGAAAUGUACUCAAGUGGGUAGCAAUUACCUCUUGGCUGCAAUGGUCCUCUUUAUGGAAUCUGGCGUCUUACUCAACUGCUCCACUACACAAUAAAAGUGAGUCUGUUGCCACUCCAGUUGAUAUCUAUGGACAUAUUUUCCGUCUUUGAACGAGUGUCGUUUGUGCUAUUGAUCUUUCUUCUGUACUUACAGUCCUUGUAGUAUAUAGGUUUAUUCUCACUAUUUGAGUAUCUUCAUUUUAUCUCAUCUCUAGGAUACUUGUUGGAGGAACACAAAUGCUGCGGACGUUGUUGCUCCUAUUCUACCUUUAUUUACUGGAGGGUAUACCGUACGGUCUUCAAUCCCGAUUUCUCCCUCUUCUACUCCGGAGUAGCGGUCUUUCUCUCACAGCACUUGGUUUCUACAAAUUGUUGUACGUGCCAUGGUUGUUGAAAAGUUUCUACGCUCCGCUCGUCGACUUGUGUCUCACAAAACGUUACUGGCUCUUCGGAAGUUUAGUAGGACUACUCACGGUUACCCUCACACUAGCCCUGGGUGAAAAUCUCAUUCCCCGUGAAACCUCAUCACAGACCACUGGGUCGGCCUCAGUAGUUCCAUUAGCCCUGUGUCUCUUUCUGUACAACUUGUUUGCUGCAACACAAGAUAUUGCCGUUGAUGGUGUGGCACUGCAGCUGCUAUCCUCAGAUCAACUAUCUGUCGGAAACACUAUUCAAGUGGUUGGUUACAAGUUUGGUGCUAUUGUUGGUGGAGGUUUUUUAACAGCAGCAACCUCGCUUUUCUCUGCGAGUCAACUGCUUGGAAUUAUUGCAUGCGUUUAUGUCAUCGGAGCAAUGCUGUGCAUCACCUCUACGACUUUACGCGACGUGGAAGCCGCUUGGUCUGAAAAUCAAACAACCAUUUGUGUCCAAGAAAAUGGCCAACUGGACGAUGGCCAAGUUGGUCGCAUGAAAGACGAUGGAUGCAUGGGAUCUGUUCGACAAGCAUCCUAUGUAGCCACCCUAAGCGAGGCUGUCAUCAACUCCGUUGGAUCGCGACACCUUAUUGCUUUGCUUCUGGUCUACAAACUUGGUGAGCAGGGUGCCAUGAACAUGCUGCCACUGAUGCUUUUCGACCGAGGCGCUUCGGUUGCGAAAAUUGGUCUGUGGAGUGGCAUGGUUGGCCAACUCUCCUCUAUUCUGGGUUCGACGUUCGCACACAAGCUCCAAGCCCCCGGCCGGUCAUCUGCAGAUGUCUUAGAGCGACUGAUGCUGUUUCGUGCCAUCCUGCAGCUCCCCUUGCUGUUGAUUGCAGUAGAACAUGUUGGAGUUGGUUUCCACGAACAUUCCUUCGCUGUCGCAAUGCUGUUCAUGAACCUCACUUUGUUUGUGAGCGGGGCUAUUACGACGGUAAUGUUCACCAUAAUGAUGCAGUGCACACGAGCUGAAUCACCUGUACAAACCCAAGCCACUCACUACACUGUUUUAAGCACCGCAGAACUUCUUGGCAAACUUAUAUUCGGCGUCGUUGCGGCACCUUUCACAGAUUAUCUUGGAUACGGAACUGCUAACCUGACCUUCGUCCUGCUAUCAGUGGUCCCGGUUUACUUCGUUAGGGCACGACGCGAUUGCUUCUUGUUUGAACGAAAACUCUCGUGAUAUGUAUGAUAAUGGAGCAGCUUGGAAAAUUGUUUUGUCUUUCACCCUUACCUCUCCUUUGGAUUUGUUUUGUAUUGAGAAAUAAUAUUUUUGUUUUUUUUUUGCUGUUUGACAGCUUUAUGUUUUGUAUUUUGCUGCGAAACAAACGAACUCGUUUCCUGCGGAACAACAGUCGUGGGCCGGGUUUGACUCUAGCUGGCUACGGCUUUUGUUCCCUUUGCGGUGAUGCUUUCAUGGAUAACCCAUAUCCAUCUUAUACAGGCUAGGACUCACGCCACUCGUCACAUUCUAUGUCCGUUUUUUAUCCCUCGCAUACACCUAGAAGUGAUGUGAGAAACAAACGGUGGAAUAUUUGUGUGGGCACACAUUCACGUUUGCAUUUGGAGCCAGUUCUGUGGCUCCGCGAUAUUCAUCAAAAUACGGUACUCCCUUCGGUGCGUAUGAAAUGUGUCACUGAUGAAAGUAUCCUCGUGGAGGAAUGAGGUUAACUGGAAAGAGUUCUAUCUUACGCCGUAUUCCAUCGGAGCCAUAUCCGGAAGUUUUAAACAACUGGAUGAGCCAAACAUUUAUCACUGGUCUUGCCUAUCCAUUACUUGGACACGCUGCUGUAGCGUCAAAUAACCU